AUGUCCUUCCAUCGAGUACUGCCUCUACUCCCAGCCCUCUCCGACCAAGCACUCAGAGACCGAUGGGCCAUUCAACCAGAUACCCUCAUAAGCUCCAAGAUCAUGCCCGACGAGACGCCGAAAGCUGCAGCGAGUGAAAACCAGUCUCCGACCCCUACUCCGAGAAGCCUUUCUUCCCCGCCAGAAGAAGGAGUCCAGAAAUCACCGGGCGAGGAGUCACUGGAGGACUACGAAUCACCGAAGUACCGUACUCAUUCCUUGUCCCAAGCAGCUAGGACCAGCAGCCGCCCUUCCAGAACUGAACAGUUGUCGGUUCCGAGGAAGAGUGUGGUAGAGAAGUGGCAAGAAGAUUCACCAAGCUCGAUCUGUCUCUGUCAGCCGGACCCUAAGGUUCCACGACCAAGAAACGCUUUUAUCCUUUACCGCCAGCACCACCAACAGGCCGUAGUCGCUCAGAAUCCGGGUCUCGCGAAUCCUGAAAUCUCGAAAAUCAUCGGCGACCACUGGAGAAACUCAUCGACAGAAAACAGAGAUCAUUGGAAGCUGCUAGCAGAGGAAGAGAAACUCCGCCACCAGAAGCAAUACCCUGACUACAGAUAUCAGCCACGACGUAGCACCCGCAACAGCUCCAUCGCCGGUCCCGCAGCGAACUCGGCUGAAGGCGACCAACGCAGGUGCCAAAAGUGCGGAGGGCGCAGCAUCGCCGCAUCCACCAUGAUGUCUGGUCCGGGAUUCCCGAACCCAGCGACGCCAUACUCCCCGAACCAACCUCCCAACUCCGCCACGAGCGCCGGCCGCUUCAUGCGAAGUCUGGGCAGCCCUCCUACCAGCAAUCCUGCGGGCAACCCCGCCGCCGGAUACCGCCAUCGCCCAUCGACAGCCAAUGUUGCAUCGCUCACCCUGAGCUCCCCACGGUACAAGCGCCAGGACUCCGGACAGCCCUCGCCGCGCUUCAAGCGCCCGGAACCGAGCCAGAUUUCUCCGAGAAGCCCAGAUCCCAAGCGUCGCCGGGUGACCAACGCCUCCUACGCCCCCGUCCGGGCCGCCAACAAUCCGACGACGCCCUUCCCCUUCCCCACCGGCCAGCGGCGCCAAUCCCUCCCCCGCGCCGACUUCAUGGGCCCCAGCAUCAACAGCCCGUUCACAAUGGGCCCACCUCCACGCCCACACCACACCCAACACCACCCCGAAACCUCCCUCACCCUCGCCCCGUUCCACAACCCCCAAUCCGGCGGCAGCAGCAACAACAACAACAACAGCAACAACACCAUAGGCAUCGACACGCAAGCCAAAUCCCUCGAAGCAAUGAUCCUCUCCAUCCCCACCCUGGGCAAAAUCCGCGUCCUCUCCAAAAUCUCCCCCCCCCUGGCGCCCCCUCACCCCGCGUCCCCCGCCGCCCGCCGACCCCGCGGCCUCGUCGUCGCCCUCGACGCCGCCGACCCCGCCGCCCUGGACGCCCUGACCGCCACCGUCGAAGCGGCCCUGUCCUCCCACGCGCCCCGCGUCUUCCGGACCCCAAAACCCCCGCCCGACGCGCCCGCCACCUUCCAAUCCUACCUCCGCCUCAUGGACGACCACCACACCCUCUCCGCGCAAAUCAUCGACCACAUCACCACCACCACCGUCACCACCACCGUCACCACCACCGAGCGCGACGCCGACGCCCCGAUGGACUCGCCCUCGCCCGUGUCGCCGAAAUCGUUCCCGGCGCCGAAACCCGCCGCGGGGCCCGAACACCCCGGGAUCCCCGUCGCCAUCGUGCCGGGCUGGCAGGUGACGUGGAGCGACUGGUUCGCGAGCCGGGUCGAGAUCCGGGACGCGUACAGCCCGAUGGACCACUGGCAGUGGGGCGCGACGCUGUGGCGGAACGUGGUCGGGGCGGACGUGACGGUCGCGGUGCAGGCGCCCGUCGCCGUCGCGGCGGGGCCGGAACCGCCGUCGUCGUCGUCGCCGGACGGGACGGCCGCGGGGGAGGGGAAGGGCAAGGGGGCCGGUGAGGCGGCGGUGAAGGAGGGGCCGAGGGCGGGGCACGAGAAGGGGAGGAACGGGGGCAGUGGGGGCGGGGGGGUGGGGGGCGGGGUGGAGGUGAGGUUGGAGGAGGCGAGGGCGGUGAUUGUGAGGGGGGAGAGGGACGGCGGGGUCGCGGAGGGGGGGUUGAGGAGGGUGGGGUUCGAGAUUGGGGAGUGGGUGAGGGGGUGGGAGGAGAGGGAGGAGAGGGCGGCGAGGAGGGGGAGUUAG